GUGAGUGGCGUUCUUGUUUCGUCGACGAUCGGGGCGCGGGUCCCUUUUGAAAGAAAGCCGUUCAGAGAUCGAACCUGUGCGCGUGGCGGUGGAGUUGCACCGAUCGCUGCUCUCCUCCGCGCUCUGGUUCCAACCUCGUCCUCGAUUUUCGAACAUGGAAGAAUCUUCCGGCGAAGAGGACAGUAAUCUUGCGCAUCCCGAGUUGGAGUCGAGGACGAGUUCCUUCACGUGCACGUCGAUUUCGCUUUCUUGACGCGCUGCUCUUGUGAGGAACGAUGUCGGAGGCCGGUGAGUCAUCGGGGGAUGAGAUCCGGAGAUCCCCCGAAGACGUCGUCAGAAUUUCAGCGGAUGCGCUCGCUGAACACGCAGCGAACACGGUUGACGUUAUAACCGAAUCUUUGGUCGCUACCGAGUUGAUGGAGACAGGCUCUGCGUCGAAGUCUCCAAUACAAUCAGAACCUGGGGCCCAGACCUCGACUGGAAUCAGUGACGAGGGCAGUGCGGAAUUCAGGUCUGAAAACGUUUUCGGAAUUGAGGGAAGUGCCGGGCACUCGGAGGGCGCAUCUGAACAUACAGGUGAGCGAAUCAUCGGGGUUGAGGAUGGCACAGGAUCUGGAUACAGAGCUGGAAUAAAAGCUGGACUUGAGAGUACGGCGAGUCCUGGAUACGUUGCCACUGGGAAAGAUUCUUCAGAGAGCAAGAAAGACGCCCAGCAUGUUAAAACGAGAAUUGAAGAAAUAAUGUCUAUGGAUUUUACGCAUCUUGGGCAGACAAAGAAACCACAGACCUUGGCAGCUCAUAGGUGGAGGAAGGCUUAUGAAUUUGUGAAAAAGCGCAAUAUAAUACUGAAGAAGUCCUUGACUAGCCCUAUAGGCACAGGGGCAACAUUGGACGGCUAUUCGUUGGGCUUUCUGAGCAUACAAAACGAAACGCGGCUUGCCCUUUUUGGGAUGAUCUAUAAUGAAAAAACGGAAUACCUGCUUCUUGGUGUCAUAUUCAGCCACGUCACCGUUCUUGCCAUGAAAGCUGAGCAUAAUUGGGGAAAUUUUCGUGCCUCCCAACAGGCCCUCAUCAAUGCAGACAUUGCUCUUACUACAAUAUACACAUUGGAAUGCAUUGCCCGGAUCAUAUGCCUAGGCUUUUAUAAGAGUCCUCACGCUUUCCUUCGAAACAACUACAACAGAAUGGAUUUCAUCAUUAUUGUUGAUUCCUGGGUUCAUAUUGGGAGGAUAUAUAUUAUGAAACGAGACACCUUCCUCCGUCUCGCAGUAUUGCGCCUGUUCCGAGCUCUGCUUAUCCUUCGUCAAUUCGCAUUUGUUGGUAAUCUUAUUGCAAUUUUAGACGCCAUAAUCAAAAGCAUUGGCACUCUGGAGUUGGUGCUCCUUUUUUCGGGCAUUUUUCUUUUCUUCUACGCUGAAGUGGGAACAUUGUAUUUUGCUGGCCUAUUAGAUCAAAGGUGUACGAGGACAGUCGAUGACGAGCCAUCAUAUCCAGAGUUUUUUUGUAAUAAUAUUGCUCGGAAUUACACUACAGAUAAAUAUGACGGCGAUUCUUGUCCAAUCGACCAAGGCCUUAGAUGUCGUGUCAAGCCCCCUCCAAAUUAUGGAAAGACUGGCUUUGACAACGUUGGGACAUCAUUCCUUAUUUUAAUUCAGAUUCUUUCUUUCGAAGGAUGGUCUUUGAUUAUGAACGGAGUCAGAAAGGCUGCUGAUUCAAAGGCUACGGACGCAUAUUUCAUUUGCAUAAUUAUCCUAGGGGGCUACUUUCUGGUCAACAUAUACAUUACAGCCUUCAGUGGUGUCUUUCUCAGAGUGAGGCAAGAGCAUCAGAUGCUCCUACGAAAGUACCGACGAGAAAAGGCAUAUUCUUUCUCCAAUGCAAUCGAAAUGGCUACUUUGCUGAAGGAUGUUAUCAAGAAGGAUGAUGAAAAACUAAGCUGGACGCAACGCUUCAGGCUAAGGACUUCAUUGCUGACCAACAAAUUCUCAAAAUCGUUAAGCCGCGAAAGCUCAAGGUUGAGAAAAGCUGUGGACUGGCGAGAUCCAGGCUCUUUCAUGAGACGCAUCAGCAGCUUUGCGCUUACAGGGAUUGACGACUUUUCAGAUGUCCUUCCCGACGAUGCAUCGGGAUCACGCCGGUUUACUUUCAGCCUCAGCAUUUCCCGUGGGAGGAGCUUUGGUCGUUCUAUUUCUCGAAAAGUGUCCGUGACAACACUACUCUGGCAGCAGAAAGUAUCCGAAAAAUGCUGGAUACUUGUGCACAGCAAGAUUUUUGUAUACGCCGUUUUAAUUCUCAUUUCGAUCAACACGGCAGCGCUGGCUAGCUGCAGUGUGAAAAUGUCCCUGAAACACUUCAACGCCAUAACUAUAAUGCAGAGAGCCCUGACGACUGUUUUUAUUGUGGAGAUGGCCGUGCGUUUCUGUGCAGGCGGCAUAUAUGGGUUUGCCGAUGAACGGAUGAACCUUGUUGACCUUGUGGUCAUUCUAAUCACUUUAAGACACAUCCUCAGUCGUGAUCCAGCUAACGAGAUCAAAGUUCCCAACCUCUUGCCGGUCCGAAUGCUGCGGUGGUUUUACGUCAAACGUACCAAGAAAACAAAGAGAGACGGCGAAAGCGCCCCAAUACUGGCAUGCAUUCUCAGAAGCGUGGGGAAUUUGGCGAGCGUUUAUUUCUUUCUUCUCAUGAUAAUUAUCAUCUUCUCGGUCUUCAGCAUGGAGCUAUGGGGUGGUGAGUUGGAAACCACUGAUACCUUCGAGAAGCCCCGCACUAAUCAUGAUACAUUUUUGGGAGCAGCUCUCCUCUGGUUCUCAGUCUCUACGGGUGAAAGCUGGGUGAAUCAGAUGUGGAAUGUGAUGCGCCCCGAAGUCAGAAACAGCUGGGUCGCUGCGCCAUUAUUUGUAUUUUAUUACCUGUUAACUGCGAUUGUCAUCCUCAAUCUGAUUAUUGCGACUAUUCUUGAAGAAACGGAGCUAACGGACUACCAAAAGAAACUUAUCCAAAAGAGAGAUCACCUCAAAUAUUUACAAGUGAGGCAUCUUCAUCGUACCUCUUCUACGAGAGGUGCGGACUGGAUCGUUGGGGCUAUAGAAAACAUGAAGUCAGCAAAGCGCCGAAUGACCUCCAUCAAAGUCCGGAGUCUGUCCCUGAAGUUCCCGUCAUCAAUCUCACGACCUCACGAAGAAGACGAAGUGCGCACACUGUCAGACAUUACUGCGCAAGCAGCCAGCAGCUCCGAAGGCCCAAGAACUUCAACCGACGCUUCACAUUCAGCUUUAGACAUACCAGGCUCUGUGUCUGCGGAUUACCAAAGGACACGAGAUGUCUCUGAAGGGUUACAGUUUCCGCCAGGACCUGCGAAGACAGGAGAUUCGGAAACAGCAGCAGACUUGCAAGAUAGAAUUCGUCGACGAAGAAGCAGCGCCAGUGCUUUGCAAUUCAGUUCAGGAACUGCCGCUCAGCCAACCUCCCGUCGCAGAUUCAGCCAUGCGUCUGACAAAAUCUACAUCAGAAGUGGAUUCACCGGAGCUGGUUUGGCUGAGGCCGGGGACGGUGGUAACAGAACUUUCCUGCAGUCUGCACUACUAGCUGUCGUAGAUGACCAACAAAAGGUGGAAGCUGGUAUCGCUGCUGUCAAGCAGGUAGAAGAGGUGAAGCCCAAAGUUGCCCCACAAACGAGCAGCGCCACUUCCACGUUGAAAAGGUCAGGUUCUAGUGGUCGAGUUUCCUUCGUGCUGUCCGACUUUGAAGGCGUGCCCCUGGUUGAAGACCAUGCUGCACCAUGGUGGAUGAAUGAGAGAUCCCUUUUCCUUUUCAAUCCCGGCGACGAGAUCAGAGUGUUCAUCACCAAGGUCAUCGAAACUGAACUGUAUCGAUGGUGGCAGGUCCUGUGGGUCUCUUGCAGUUUGGUGAUACUCAUUGAAACUGACCCUCUUGGAUAUUUCAUCGUAAAAAAAGAUAAGUUGAACCCAACUGUAGAUUCGGAGAAGCCGACUACAACAGCUAUAGUACUUCAAACAAUCGAUUAUGCAGUAUUCGCGGUUUUCUGCUUGGAUCUGAUUAUGAAGAGUAUAGCUUACGGAUUUCUACUGACCCGUGAAGCGUACAUGGAGGAUCCCUACAACAUUGUGGACCUGGUCAACUUGACAUUCCACAUGAUGUACCUGAAAACACACAAUUUUUUACACGAGGUGGAGUACUACGGGAAAACCACUCUGAUCAUGAUGGCAUGUCGACCAUUUCGAUACAUCAAUCGCUUCAAGGGCUUGAGGAGCCUGACGACGUCCCUGGGCCGAACGCUGCCGGCCGUGUUUCAGGUCCUCGUGUUCACAGCCGUCAUGUACGCCAUCUUCGCGCUCAUCGGGAUGCAGCUGUACGCCGAUCGGUUCCGCUCAUGCACCGACAGAACGGUGCCGGGGCACGCCGAGUGCGUCGGCCUGUUCUACAACGACAUCGGACUCCUCGCGCCUCGCACAUGGGUCAACCCGCCCUACCACUUCGAUGCCUUCGGGGAGGCGAUGCUGGCGCUCUUCGUGGCCUCCACCUUCGACAAUUGGCUCAAUUAUUUCCUCUACCCGGCCAUGGACAUGCCCAACAGGGCCGGGCUGUCGCCGCAGCAGAAUUUGAACGCCUCGCAGGCGAUCUUCUUCGUGGUCUUCGUGUGCAUCGGGGGGUUCUUCAUCCUGCGCAUGUUCGUGGGCGUGUUCAUCGACCAGUUCGGCAUCAUGUCGGGGACAAAAUUGCUCACGGAGCGCCAGAAGCUGUGGCGCGACACGAACCGGCUGAUUCAGAGCAUGGUGCCCAUGCGCCGGCCGGUCAUCCCUCGGGGCUGGGCCAUUCGUCGCUACUGCUUCAAGAUCGUGCAACAUCGCGCCUUCGAGCUCUCCGUCGUCUUCGUCAUCUUCUGCAAUUGCGUCUACCUCGCAGCACAGUCAAAUGAACUCGAGCCCCAGGACCACUUGCUCGUUCUCGUGAGAGUUUUUCCGAUCCCGGUUUUUUCCGAUCCCGUUUUCAUCAUGUUCGUCAUUCUCUUCGCUCUGGAGGCCAUUAUGAAAUUGCUGGGAGCCGAGCUCCAAGAUUGGUGGGAAGAUAAGUGGAAUCUCUAUGAGUUGGUACUGGUGGUGGGAAGCGUAGCAUGUUUAGCUGCUGCUAGGAGCAGGUCUCACAUUCCAGAAGCCCUCGGCAAGAUUUUUGUCUGUUUAAGAAUACUUCGUCCAAUCCGCUACUUCCACUCUCUUAAAACCAUCCUCACGACGGUUUUUGUGAGUUUACCAUCCAUGAUCGACAUCAUAAUGCUGAUGGGUAUUGUUCUUAUUGCUUUGGCCCAACUUGGAGUGCAAAUAUUUUACAGACUUAAAGACGGUGUUUGCAUAAGAAACGGUGCUGAGAAUAACUUCUCGACCUGGAUAAAUUCUUUUAUCAUCCUAAUACAGGUCACGACUUUGGACAACUGGUCCUGUCUCAUAAUCGACCUUACAAUCACGGAGCCAGCCUGUCUAUCCAGUGUUUCGGUAUUCGCCAGUGACUGUGGCUUUCCUGUCGUCGGCCUUGUAUACAUGCUGAUUUCUGUCUGUCUUACCACGUAUAUCUUUGCGAACCUCUUCAUUGCCCAAAUUUUGGACACAAUCACGUUUGGGUUACUGAGUGAGGAUGCGGUGUUGACUCCGACUAACUUGGUUUCUUUCAAAAAACUUUGGGCUGAAGAUGAUUUUGAUCCAAAGUGCACGGGCUACAUAGGACAACAUAAAGUCAAAGAUUUUCUGAUUGCACUUGGUCAUCCCUUGGGAGGAAGAAGAUAUGGUUUCGUCAGAUGGUACGCUCGCAUCGAUUACGAGAUCUUCCACUUUCGUAACGAAAAAGGGAUCGGUUUUCGACCUCUACUGGAAACGCUUUGCCUCUACAAGAUUGGAGCGAGGGGACUGGAGCUACCCUUACGCAUCGAAAGAGCCAAGUACAUUCAUGGAAUCUUUCAGACCGGAGCUACUGUUAGAAUCCAGGCUGCGGUUCGUGGAUUCCUCCAAAGAAGGAGAAACAAACACCAAAAGGAAGCGGAACACGAGAAACGACCAAGUGAACAAGUUGAAGAGCCCCCUGACAUAGCAUUCGCUGAAGAUCCCACCCUGGCUAGACUGGGCAUAGCAAAACCUCCUGUGGGUCCUCUCACAGCACAUGGUCGGAGUUCUCGUCCACCAGCACCGCCAGCAGCUCCAUCGGCUCCAGUACAUGGUCGGACAUCUCGUCCACCAGCACCGCCAGCAGCUCCAUCGGCUCCAGUACAUGGUCGGACAUCUCGUCCACCAGCACCGCCAGCAGCUCCAGUACAUGGUCGAACAUCUCGUCCACCAGCACCGCCAGCACCGCCAGCAGCUCCAGCACACGAUCCGAAUGGAGAAACAUAGAUUCUUAGUCACUGACACUCUCAGCAUUUGUGGGCGUGAAUUGUCAACGAUCGGUCAACUUAGCAGUGGUUUAUCAUCUUGACAAGCAUCCCCUUUGUGAGAGCAGAGUCUGCUAAUGCGGACUGGAAGACUGCAGUAGAUGGGAUCUCCAUCUCUGCCAAAAUUAGGACGUCAAAGUUAUCCACAGGUAUUUUGCGUCUUGAGCAGUUUUGCAAGCAUUCAGGGCUUCUCGUAGUUGUCCACGAUAUCCGGAGGUACUUCUCACCCACAUAAUGUACAUAGAUUUGCACAGGUAGAUAUAGACCAAUGAAUACACAUUUUAAUGGAGUGUAACGUAGUAGCAUUGAGCUGCGGCCACCCACAACUUUAGGAUUUGGCGUCUUCGGCAAUCAUUUGUGGCCCGAAGACAAGACGCCGUCUACAAAUCUCGUUGCUCGGACCGAAAACCUGGAGUACUGAAUUAUAUCGUUUGUGGGCAGCCGAACAAAUAGCUCUAGCGGAUACGAAGACCUUGGCGCUGCCGAAAUUUGUGGCCCUCAAAAAGAGAGGAGACUUAGAUCAAGAUCAGGAGCAGAAUAAUAAGUUUCUCAGCAACUUCAGCCGUUUGGCAUAGCAUGCCUAUAUCAGGCGGGUAAUAUAUUAAGCCUGUGAAAGGAUUCCAGAACUACGAACAAAAACUAAUUACAGUAAUUCUUCUUAUGC